AUGGAUGAACGAUCGCAGCGCGCCGAGGCCCAGGCGUAUACGGCAAGUCUCGAUCAGACACUGAAAGAGCUUCAACAAAAAGUUCGUGAGCACGAGAACGACUUGGAAAGGCUCCGUUCAGGCCAGGAUGUGCUCCCUCAGUCGGUAGCAGGCCAGGCGCGGGUCAUCCAGACGGCCCUCAAGGAGGUGACGGAUUCCGACCCUUUUCUACCUUCUCCAGGAUCUCUGCUCCCGGCGUUGCUGGCUCUGCGCAAGACUCAUCAGACCAUCCAAGAAAGCAAUGCGUAUCUCGCCUCGCAACGCGCUAGCCACGAGCAGCUGUCGCGCCAGCUCGAAGCUGAUCAAGCGCGCCUCAAGGACCAAAAUCUGCUCGGGGAAGCCUUGAGCGCAAGAAUUCAAUCUCUACGCGAUGAACUGGACGCCAAUACCAAUGUCACCCAAGCAGAAGGGGCAAGAGAACACCUGCAGGAGCUCCGGAGCAAGAAGAAGAGCUAUGACAGGGAGACGUCAAAGCUCAUGAAGGUGCUCCUCAAGUUCAUCGACAACCAGCUGGCCCCUAUGCUCGCGGCAGAAGAGCUGGGUGGCCCCGUCGUUGGUGACCUAAUGGAUAUUGACAACGAGGAUCUGGCCGCGGGCUUCAACGCGCAGGGGAAGCUGAAGAAAGCCAAGGAAGGGGCCGGCCAGGACGAUAAGCGGCAGCGCAGGAUAGACGAGAUCUGGGGCCAAGCCGGUGACGAGGCCGGGGGACGCCAGGACGAGGCCACAGGGGCGGCCGCUGAGAUGAGGCAGCUGACCGAGGAGCUCCUCAACACGCUCGCCGAGGCCAACGGUGACAACUCAGCGUCGUAUGUGCGGUUGCCGCGCGAGUCGGCGGCGGCCCGGUUCCUGGUGAGGUCCAAGGUUGCUCAGUUUCACCCUCGAGAUGCGACGAGACUUAGACUGGUUGAUUUUGGACGGGAUUUGGAGGCUUGA